CGGAAAUAACAUACUAUGGAAACCGAGUCAACUGAAAUCGACUUCCGGUCCCUGGAGGACGAAUUAUACGAUAAUGAAAUAACACAGAUUUUAACACAGCCAAACACUACAGAAAAGAGCACUUUGAACACGCCUGAACUUCCGGCGGAUGUAGACAGACUGGUGGACCACCUGUCGGUGGAAUUAAAGCAUGCCGCAGAAAAGUUGUUUGAAGUUGAUCCCCUGGGAUCUUCAGAAAGAGACGCGUCAUCGGACGAAGAGGGGUCGUCGAAAUGUAGCAAAACCAGAGACAAAUUUUUAAGCUUGGAAGAUCUCGAAGAAGACAAGGAAGAUUCAUUCAACUACAAUGACGAUCAUUCCGAUACUUUGGACAAAGAAAAUUCUAUUCGCAUGGGUCAACUAUCUGUUGAACUAAAGGAAGCGGCAGAAAAACUUUUUGCGGUAGAUCCACUGGGAUCGUCCGAAAAGGAUGUUUCUUCAUCUGACCAGGAAAUGAGCUGUUCUGAUUCUGAUGUAGAGAGCGAUGGCGAAUCGGAUCCCUUCUCUUUGAAUAAUGACGAUCACUCGCAAAGUAAGAGUGAAAAUUCUGACGACAGCGACGAUGAAAGUGAGGCAGAAGCUGUAAAUUCUUUUAGCAGGAGCAGUUCACCAAAUACUGUAAGAUCAGACUUAAAUUCUGAAACGAAUGAUUUCGUUAGUAAUUGCGAAAAAAGUUCAGUCAUGUGUCAUGUUGCACAGUUGGAAGCUGUAAAUAGCAAUGAAUUGUCAAACUUUGAAGACGAUAAACAGGAAGAAACACAAGAUAGUACUCAGACAAUGGACGUAGAGAUAGCCGAAAAAGUUGUAAAAAAUAGUGCAUCACCUUGUUCAAAGAAUAAUGUUGAAAAUCACGUGGAGAACGGUGAUUUGGACAUAAGCAGCGGUACUGAAUUUAAGUUACUUAUAACGGAUGUGCGAAGUGAACAUGUAGAUUUUCAUCAAAGGGAAGAAGAUGCAACAGAAGACUGUGUAGGAGAACCAGAGCAUCAGCCUGCAACAGAAAUAGAUGUAGCAGAGCCUGCGAAUAAUUCUCAACACAGCCAUAACUCUGCAGCAGAUUCCAAACAUUUGUCCUUUUCCAGUUCUCUUAUAAAUGUGGAGGACAACGAAACCAGCUUGGUGGUUGAAAAUGUGUUCUCCCUUUCAGAUCAACAGAAAGAAAAUGAGUUAGACGAAUUUCCGCAAAAGCAAGAUGAAAAUGAUGUAUGUGAGAACAAUAUCACUUCUCGGUCCCUCAGAGCUAGAAAAGUUAAGAACGAUGUUAAUAAAGUUAACGAACCAGUUCACUUAAAGAAAAAGAAGAGCAUGAAGAAAUCAUCGAAAGAAAAUGUUGAAAAAUGUUUGGAAGGGGGUCCACUGAAAACAGAGUUCGAUAUUGGCAUUAACAACGGAAAAUGCAAGGAAGACAUACCUCCUCUUGUGUCACAUGAUAAAGACACCAAGAGUAUACAAGUCGAGGAUAAAGAAGAUUGUUCACAAACCCCAAUGAAAGAGAGCGAGAAGAUGAAAGCAUAUACGAUACAAGAUGGUCAAUAUAAGUGUCACUUUUGUAGCUGUACUCUGACCACUAAAAGUCGAUUCAAAAUGCACAUGUUGUCACUUCACAAUAAAAGGUACACGUGUAGGCAUUGUGAUAAAAAGUUUCUAAAAUGUCAGGAUCUUGCAAUUCACGUGAAAACAAGACACAGUAACGAACUUAAAUACAAAGUAAGUAAAUCUGGCCAAGUUCAUUCGUUUGAGAAGGAUGAUCGUUCGAAACACAAAGUGCGUCGCAAAAGACCUGCCACUAAGUGUACUUUGACAUUGUCCAAGGGAAAAGGGCAGCUAACUUAUGCAUGUGGGUAUUGUGGUGAAGUAUUCGAGAAACAGCAAACCCUUGCAUGUCAUAUCAGAAACAAGCACGUUUUACCAAAUGAUUCGGGAAAGAUUGUUUACAAGAAAUCGGGGAAAUUUGGGAGAAAUUUGAAAGAGAAAGCGAAGUUCAAAUUAAAAUCUAAACGGAGAGACAGAAAAAAUGGAAGUAGUGUUAUUUAUAUGCCUCCUGUACAAGAUGCACAGAAUGGUGAGUCAUCUUGCGCUUCAGAUAAUGAAAAUCAGGAAGAGGACAGCAUCGAAGUUCCCAGUAAGAGACCUCGCAGGGACACAAAGGCGUCACGUGCAGCAGAAAGUGGGUUAGACAGAAUUGCCCAGCUUCAAAAGGAUUACAAUAUCCGUAUAUCCCACCAGGUAUUCAGGUGUGGUUAUUGUCCGAAAUGGUUUUUUAAGAAAACAGAUUUAUCAAGCCAUCUUCAGAAACACGUGGAUAAUCAAGAAAAGGAGAGAGAAUCAAAGUUUCUGGAAAACCCUGAAGAAGAGAGAAAUGCUGAGAAAAUAGGAGAUUGGGAUUCAGAAAUGAAAAAGAGAGACAAACAUCAAAACUCAAGAUUCUUUUGUAAAUAUUGCACAUCACAAUUUAAAUCAUUAUAUAAUUUGCAAGUCCACAUUGUCCGUCAUCUUGGUGAAGUAUACAAAGAUGAUAUGUCGGAGAAUAAACUUGAAUGCGCAUUUUGUGGGUAUAUUUUUCCUAGCGUUAAUGGUUCCAACAUUGAUCGGAUACUGCGGCAUUUGUUCGAUCAUUAUUCUCCUGAAAACGAGGACAUCGAUCCUUAUGAUUUAUUGGAAUGUCGGUAUUGUGGAGUACCAUUCCUAUCGAACGAAAAGCUUCGCCCUCAUGAAAAUGAGCACAGAAAAUUCUUGGAUGCCAAACGGCGCAAGAAAACACCAAGGAAAUCAGUCGAGGAGAAAGUAAAUAAUGAAGAUCAGGAAGAAAAAGGUUCAGAAUCUGAGAGGCUAAAAAAUUCAGAAUUCAUUGAAGAAGAAAAUCCUGAAACUAUUGCAGCAGACGACCCAGUGCCCUUUACAUGUGGGAUGUGUUCCUCGCGAUUUCCAUCAUCCCAAUACUUGCUUCAUCACAUGACACUUCAUAUGAAAGGAAAGUAUGUCUUUCGAGUAGAGGUAGACAAAUCAAAAACAACUCAGGAAUCACCUAUAAAACGCCUUGUAGAAUCCCCAAAUCGGCCUGUUAAAUCUCUAAUGUUAAAAACUUCAAUUACAGAAAAGAAACCCAAUUCUACUGGUGAUAAGCAAUUAUCAAACAAGAAACAAUAUAUUUCUCCAUUAGUUCAAGAUCGUAUUCAAACGAUGUUGCGACAGAGUAUUUCAUUCAAACAUCAGGAGGAGGAAGAUAAUGGUUCAGUUAGUCCAAAGAAAACCCUGCGCCAAAUCACAAAACCACAGAUUCUUAAAAAAUCCACCGUUCCCUGUGACAGUCCGACUAAAGAUAAUAAUUACAAUAGAAGUAUCUCCGUACAAACUGAAAUUAAUUCAUCGCCGAAAAUGCAUAAUAAUACCCUUACAGCGCAGAAUUCUGGGAAAAGUCAUAAAUUAGUGUCUAUUAUAACAAAACAACCAACUCAAAUUAAAUCGAAAGAUAGUCAGGUACUGUCGUUUAAUCCCGCCACCCCAAAGAAAUCGGAUUCAGAAAUGGGUAAAAACAAACGCAAGCAGACGUUCAAUGUUUCGGACAUAAAGGAAGAUUUUGAACCUAAAAGAACAAAUUCUGCUUUACAAGUGAGUAAAACUGGCAAGCGCAAAUUAUCUUUCACUCGUGAUGUGGAAACGGAGGGGGACAUUGAACUACCUCCUGUUCAUUGUGCCGAGGACCUGUUGGACUGUUCCAGUACGGAAACAGCUGACGGGGAUUUAUCCGAUUCCGUAAAUGGCGAAACAGAAACCUUAAAAACAAAACCCAGUGUUGAGAGCAAAUACAAAGAGGUGAGUUCUUCCGAAUCCAGCCCUACCUCUGAUUCCGCCUCAGACUUUGAGAGAGAUUGGAAAUCGAGAUACUACAACAAGAAAAAGAAAAUUGGCAGGAAGAGAAGAAAGAAAUCAGCACGUAGAAGACUCUCUUCAGCAAAAUUGCCCCCCAAAAGAGAUCAUGCUAAACGGGAAAAUGCGCGUGGAUGGAAGAGAAAAAUUAACUUUGCUAAUGGAAAAUGGUUUGAAUGUUCUUUGUGCCUAUAUAAAUGUACCAUGGAAAAGGAUUACUUGAUGCACGUGAAAACUCACGAGUCCAUUGACCAAGAGGAAAGAGAUCUUGUGGAAUGCAACAUAUGUCAAAGAAAGUUUAUGUCCAAAUGGCAUCUACAGAAUCAUAGGGCUCAGCACAGAAACAAUGAGUAUCAGUGUACGUAUUGUGGGAUGGAUUUUGCUACGUCUAGUGCCAUUGUGACUCACAUUAACGAGGUUCAUGAAUCCGUGGUAUAGCAUGGUGGUCAAUCAGUAGCCGUAGAUCCAUGUUAUAUUUGUAUAAUUGUUACAGAGAAACCACUGUUAAUGUGUUCAGUGUAAUACUGUAAGAUCAACAGUAUGUGUUAAUUGGAGCUUUUUGUUUUCCUUUUUCUUGAUAAACUAUUCUGUUUAAAUUUGUUUAUAUUGAUUCCUGUUUUGAAAAUAUAUUAUUAGAAUUUGA